CAACAAUUAUUCGCUGUCCGAGAAUAUCUCAGUCCUGUAUUGAAAGAGAGUAAAUUCAAGGAGCAUGGUCGUAUCACGCCUGAGGAGUUUGUGGCAGCAGGAGACUUUCUGGCGUACAAAUUUCCAGUUUGGACUUGGGAGAAGGGUGAUGCAUCCAAGACUCGCGAAUACCUCCCAGCUGAGAAGCAGUACCUCGUAACACGAGGCGUGCCCUGCCUCCGACGGGCGACCUCCCUUGCAUACACCGACGCCGACGAAGACGCGGAACGAUUGCUGUCAUUUGGAGACUCUUUUGCCUCGGCUGACGAGAAGGACGAAUGGGUAGAGACUCACGCGGGGAGGAAGCCCAACAUGGACUCUGCUGCCAACCCAGGGGAGAUCGACGAUAUCCCAGAUCUGGAAGGCCCUGUAGCGGGACUGUCGCUGGACCCGUCGGCGCCAGGGGAGAUACCUGAUCUGGAUGAUAUCCCAGAUAUGGAGGAGGAAGGGCUGGAGGAGGGCGACGAAGCUACUGCUCCUGCUCCUGCUCCUGCUCCUGCUCCCCCGGCAACCAAGGCACGUGUUACCGAUGCCAGCCGAGUCGAAGCAGCCAACGGCAACCUGUUGCAGGUCCGGACAUACGAUGUGAUGAUCACCUACGACAAGUAUUACCAAACACCCCGAAUCUGGCUGCUUGGCUAUGACGAGAACAGAACACCCCUGACCCCAUCGCAGAUAUUCCAAGAUGUCUCUGCGGACCACGCUCUUAAGACGGUGACCAUCGAGGCCUUCCCACAUUCGGCGACGUUGCAGGCUGCGUCGGUGCACCCAUGCAAGCAUGCCAGCGUCAUGAAGAAGGUCAUCGAGCGUAUGAAUAGCAGCGUCGUGGCACAGCAGUUGGCACAGCAGAAGUUGGUGCCAAAGGAAAAGAAGAAGUGGUUCGGGAGGAAGUCGAGUGGUGGCAAAGACGAUAAGGUACUCAGUGGAGAUGAAGAAGAGGUAGAAGGGAUGCGGGUAGACUUCUAUCUGGUGGUAUUUUUGAAGUUCAUCGCUUCGAUUGUCCCCACGAUUGAGGUGGACUCUACCACGUCGUUCUGA